AUGGCGCUCCCUUUACCGUCCGCCUCGGAAUUCCCCCACCAUGUUCUGCCUACGGCGGCCCACAGGGUGCGGUCGUCCCGCGUUAGCAUGGCCGUAGGCACGCCCGAGAGGAAAACGAGGAGGAAGAAGCAGACGAAGGAAGACAACCCCUCCUCUUCUUACUCCUCUUCGUCCACCUACCCUUCCAGUUCUCAGGUUUCGGUGUUGGAGAAGAGCCUGAGGUUCACGUUUAUGGAAGAGCUGAUGGAGCGCGCCCGGGCUGGUGAUGCGGCAGGUGUGUCGGAGGUGAUCUAUGACAUGAUCGCCGCGGGACUAAACCCCGGACCCCGCUCAUUCCACGGCCUCAUUGUCUCUCAAACGCUAUCCGGUGAUGACGAAGGGGCGGUAAUGUCUCAUGGUUUACGUGAAAUUACGUUAUUCUUUUAAUUCGAAGUUACUCCCAUAAAGUUCAGAGACUUCACAUUCCUUUCACUGCCCCGAUCUUGUAUCGCCCAAUAUAUCCGACGCACGUACUUGUGUAGUUACCUGAGACUUCAGCGAUGCAUUAGUCCACUAAUCCUCGAGGGAUCCUUGUGUCAAUACAUCAUUCUUUCUCAUAGAGCCGUUCUUUCUAGAUCCUCUCCUCCAUUUUCGGGAUUUUUGGAUUGUCUGGCCUGAACUAAGUUUUUUGUCUGCGAGUGAAAUAUCUCACUGAAAACAACCCAAAAAAAAAAAAGGUUUCGUGUGGAGGUUGCAGUAACGCUAGUUGAAUACUCAUUUUAUACGUUAUAAUGAUCUUUUCGCUCAUCUGAGACGUGCUAUGGAGGGGAGAGCAGGGACAGCUGAAACUCUUAAUUCACUUUCUACCACACAGUUUCCUAUAAGCUAUACGUGAGGUGUUUAGGUCCUCUUGAUCGUAUUCAUCCCAUGUACUGAUUUAGGAAAUUUACUAUUUCUUUGAGGAACACCAAAUUGAACUUUUUGACAGGAGGAUCUAUUCUGGCAGGUAAUCAUUGUAAUUUCGUCAUAUGUAGGACUGUCGAAUGUAUGUUUGAGAAACCUUAAUAUAGUCCUUGAAUUGGGAAGUUUAUUUAUUGGGUCUCCAUGUGCAUACCUUAGACUUAGCAAAGAUUGACUUUCUAAUGAAUACUACAUUAAUUUGCUUACAUGUGAGUUUCAGAACAUACUCAUGCUGGAGUACUAAAUGCAGAUGCAGUCACUGAGAAGGGAAUUGAGUGCAGGCUUACGUCCUACACAUGAAACAUUUGUUGCAUUGAUCCGGUUGUUUGGUUCUAAGGGCUAUGCAACUAGGGGCUUAGAGAUUCUCGCAGCAAUGGAAAAGUUAAAGUUUGAUAUUCGACAAGCUUGGCUUGUGCUUGUUGGUGUGAAAAUUUUCUAUAGCUCUUCAUUCAGAAGCUAUUCUUUUCUUAUUAAUUUCCAACAACUAAAGAAAUAUUUAUGGUGCUUUUAAUUCAGAGGAGCUCGUCAAGAAUAAGUACCUGGAUGAUGCCAAUCAAGUAUUUUUGAAAGGGGCCGAAGGAGGAUUAAGGGCGACUGAUGAAUUGUAUGAUCUCUUAAUUGAAGAAGACUGUAAAGCUGGGGAUCAUUCGAAUGCUUUGACUAUAGCAUACGAAAUGGAGGCUGCUGGAAGAAUGGCAACCACAUUUCAUUUUAAUUGUCUGCUUAGUGUACAGGUAAAAGCACCUUUUUUUGUCUUUAGUGAAUGCAUCAGUCUAGACAUUGUGAAAAACACUGCCAUUUUCUUUAAAAUUGACGGCUGUUUAGUCUUUGGUCAACUACAAUAUGGAGACGGCCGGAAUCAUAUUGUAUUUUUAUCUUUGUAAUAGCAAGUAGGACAGGAUUUACCAUAUUAUCUCCCUGGCCUAAGCAUACUGUAAACUGGUGAAUUGCCUUUUAAUCUUGUAACACAAGACUUCUGAUGUUACGUCAGUUAUGUUUAUUUUUAAAAUAAAUUCCUUUCGUUAACCUAUACUAUUAUAAAUAUACUUUUAAGCGAAAUUCCUGAAUCUCUAAGUAAAUGUUGUCAUGUUUUGACUUGUAUUACAGCUUAUUGGUAUAUUUUUACUUAUUCAGAUGCUAUAUUGGCCUAAUGACAUUGUUUGCGUUGUAUUAUUUUAGGCUACUUGCGGUAUACCAGAGAUUGCUUUCACAACAUUCGAAAACAUGGAAUAUGGAGGAGAAGGUUUUUUAUUUUUUUCCCCAUUCACUUGACUAUCAACAUUUAAUUUGCCCAUUCAUCUGUUUUUUAAAUCUAUUCCUUUUGCUCCAUACUUCUCUUUCGAAUAAGAUUCAGGGAUCUUGAUUUUGAAAGGAAUUUUGUUAAUGAAGGCAUUACCAUCUUUGGUUUUGUUUGGCUUCAUUAUAACUUGCGGAUUUUACCGGUUUUUUGUUGUUCGUUUCUGUAUUAUAAGCAGUUGCUAUUGCAUUGAAUUCUCUUGUUUUAAUGGUUACAUUGCUAGAAUGGGAAAAGAUUAAUGGACUGUGAAUAUAAGCAUUUGACCAUGCAAUGUAACGGAAAAAGUGAAUCCAAAAUAUGGAUUCAUUGAUGCAUGAAACCAUAUAGACAUUGUCCAAGUUCAGGGAAAAACAUUCAUGAAAUUUGGUUAUCCAUGAGGAUGGCGAAUCAAAAGGAUAGAAUUUUUAUUUGAACGUACCAUGUAUCUUAGAAAUGAAAUGUUAAAACAAAGACCUGGUUGCCCUCAAUAAGGAUCCGUAAAUGCAUGAGACUAUGCUCUAGAAUUAUGUUAUAGGCCUCUGAACAAGGUCCAACGAUGGGUUGGCAUAAGUCUUGAGGAUAGAGUCCGUAUUCAUCCUUGACCCAGACAUUCGUUAGUAGAGGACGUAAUGCUUAAAACUGAUAGUUUAUAAAUAAAGUGACCACUGAACAGAAAAUGAUGGAUGGGACUGCAACUUUUCUCUUUUAGUUUGGCUAGUUGAGAUUUGCAUGGACUAGCUUGUACAUGUUACUUGAUUUGACGUAUUCAGCUUGAUCUUGUUUUUUCUCUUGAAGUAAUGAAAUAUUAUGCCAUCCAUUUUCGUGUCAAGAAGAUGGUGGAAUUUCUUCAGAAGUUCUUUGGGAUACUUUCUUGUCUAUGAUUACUAUUUGGAGGACUGGCUAGACCGCUGAUACUUUACUUUCGCUCUAGUUAUCUCUCCUUUCUUGUUGUGUUCCUCUGAUAGAGGAUCGUUGUUUCGUCAAUGAUUCUCUGUCAUGCAUUUUGAAAGAUUCCAGUACUCAUUCUGAUUUGAAAUUGAAUCUUAAAUCUAGAUUUCGCGUUUGUGCUAGAUGCGAUUUUCUCUAUAAUCCUGAUACGUAUUUGUAUGUUGUAUUUUGGUAGGUUAUAUGAAACCAGAUGCAGAGUCGUAUAAUUGGGUUAUUCAGGCAUACACUAGGGCUGAAUCUUAUGACAGGUAAAAAGGUUAUGCAUGAAUGUAUCUAUCUAAGUUAUUCCACCAUUAAAUUCUCAUUGUUCUGUAUUUGGGGCCUUCGCUAUCUUUCUAAUCGAACUUGAAAGGUGUGGUUGUUGAGUUUAGUUGAUAUGACAACUGAGAUCUGAUCGAUGCUUAUUGCUCAGUAGAACUCGUCAUCUUGACAUGCCUUUCUGUAUGCUAAAAUUGAUAGUAUGUUAUUAUUUUCAAGUCAGAUAUUUAUUUUCGCAGAAGUGAAAUUGAAGAAAAACUUGUGUCCUCCCUACACAAUCCUACUCCCACACUUCGAGCAGGUGAUAUGCAUACAUUCACCAAUCAUGUCUUGGAUUUCCGUAUAAAACAAAAAGAGAAUACUCAAACAAGAUUUGUUCAUCACGCAAUUGCCUAUGAAAUUAAAAAAGUAAAGUCAGCGGCUCAUAUUUUAAAACGGAGGUUAUACCUUAUCUAGACAGGAAGUGAUGCUAUUGCCUUUUUAUAAAAAAGUAAAGUCAGUGGCUCACACAAUUGCCUUUUUAUGACUUCAAUUUCUGUUUUUUGUGGUACCUUCAUGCAAUGAAGCCUGAGAAAGGUUUGGCUGCUUUCAAUUAAGAUAAAGGCGCUUAAAUCCUUGUAGGUUCAUUAUCUGAAGUAUGUUCAUUCAGAUGUUGCGGAAUGACAUAAAGUAAAACCCAUAAUAAUCCUGAUACUAUUGGUAUAUUUAAACAUAUUCACCCUGUACCCCCGAAAUAAGUUAUAUCGUAAAUUAUUCCUAAGAUAUGCUCAAUAAUGCAAAAGGAGGAUAUGGUUUCAUUGUUUGCAGACAGCCAUGAUUUCUAUGGAAAAUGGAUGAGAUCACCUUGGAGCCAUAAUGUUGAUGAUGCUGUUUUAAAAAGUAAUCAUCAUCAAUUGUCGAAUACUAUUGAGGUCAAAAGCAUGCAUAAUUUUAUAUUCCGUUUUUUCAAGUUGAAUAGAACAACAAUUCAUUUUGUAAUUUUUGAAUUUCUCCUUUAAGAUUUUAUGUUCAAGACAGUUAUGUCACUGUCUGGUCCAGCCAACUUGCGAUAAAAGUAGGGGUCGGUGGUGCAACCAAAUUGCAAAAUUUCUUGGGCCAGUGGUGGAAAUACGAAUAAAUGUCCUGUACUUAUCUGUUGAUUAGUUUAUAUAGGUGAGAAAUAAAGAAAAGGGUUGUUAUGUGGAGAAAGUUUACCUGAGUAUGGAAUUGCUGUAUGUUUGUUUAUUGUUCUACUUUUAAUGGUACAAAGACAUUAUAUUUAUUUUAUUUGUCCUUUAUUUGGGUUUAAUGUCCAGAGUGCAGGAUGUCACUGAAUUACUUGGAAUGAUGGUCGAAGAUCACAGGCGUAUACAGCCCAAUGUGAAGACUUAUGCGUAAGAAAAGUUGCUUUCAGAAAAUACGUGCUUUCUUUAAGUUCAGAAUGUGGAAUUCCUUGCUUCCAACCAACAGAUAUCUUUGUAGUUCGUUGACCAAUUUAUUCUUCAAACUAGUUUUGGAGAAAUAUUCUGCGUUUCGUGAUGUCAUUUUUCUCUCAGGUUGCUGGUAGAGUGCUUUACAAAAUAUUGUGUUGUACGAGAAGCUAUCCGACAUUUUCGCGCUCUUAAAAAUUUUGAAGGCUGGACAAAGAUUUUGUAUAAUGAAGGGAAAUUUGGGGAUCCACUCUCUCUUUACCUUCGGGCCAUAUGUCGUGAAGGUAUUUUUCACCUUCUACAUUAUCUUCAUCUAGUCUUCCCUGCCUUUUGAUAUUUUUCAGUAAUAUUUAUCUUACUAACGUCUUGUUAAUACUUCGACUCCAAUAUCAUGUAAUAAAAAUUUAUCAGCAUCUAGUUAUGGACGUCUAUAUCUAGAUAAAACAAAUUCAGCCUGACCGUGGUUGAUCUGGGUGUCACAAUCAGAAUGAAAAUGAUACAUAUUCUAUGGUCAAGUGUUGUCAUUUGGAACGUGGCAUCCGUCUGUUUUCUUUGGAAUAUUGAUGAUGAAAAAGUUCAUGGUCCCUUGUGCCGGAGGAUUUAUCAUGGAAGUCUGAUAUAAUCUUCUGUUAAUAAUGGAGUCAAGGAUAAUAGUUGUGCAGCCUUUUUAUGGCCUUAUUAUGAAGGGUGUAUUAAGGAAGUGUAAGUCGGCACGUGUUAAGGUCUAUAGAGUGUUUUUGCACACAUCUUAAGGAUUAGGUUUGAACUUUGGGGACUUAAACGUGAAAGAGACAUGGCGUAGGUCAGAUAGAUGAACACGUUAAACAUUUGUGAGGUGAAACCUAAUCUUUUUAUGGAGGGACUUAUUUAAUAUGUAUCUGUAUUUAGUGGCUUUAUCUAGACACCAAUAAAUGUUUGCUCCCGUUCUCUUUACUAUUUUAGUUUGCUAUAAUUUUUUUAUGGACUUAGUUUCGUCUGAGAAAGUUGUUUUAUUAUCAGGACGAGCUGUUGACUUGCUUGAAGCCUUAGAAGCAAUGGCUAAGGAAAAUCAACCAAUUCCACCUCGUGCAAUGAUAUUGAACAGAAAGUACCGUUCAUUAGUUAGUUCCUGGAUUGAACCUUUACAGGAGGAAGCAGAUCUUGGUUUUGAAAUUGAUUAUGUUGCAAGGUUUGUUCAUUUCUUAUCAUUAACUGAAUGGGUUUUGAGCUACACAAUGUACACCUUAUCCCUCAAAAUGGUUCAUGUUUUCAUUUAUUUUCAUCUCUUAAUCCAUAUUUUCAAAUCUCUUAUUGUUUCUGUCUUGUGACUGACUCACUUCCUUUUAUCUACUUAGCUUAUAGCUUUAUCUAUCUGGACACUUCCGGAUUCGGAUUAUUUUCCCCUUUUUUAUUCUUUCCUGAUCAUGAAAAGUGUGUAUUGAUCUUCCAGGGGUGGAGUUGGAUAGUGAUGUCUGCCAUUAAUCUGAGAUAGGGUGAAUGGGGUGCUGCUGCAUCAGACUUAUUCUAUGUUAUUUAUGCAUAUCUCUGAAACUUAAUUCAUGUUUUGUUUCUGCAGCACAAAACUUGAUUCAAGUUUCAUAAACACGGAUGUAUGACCAAUUUAUUUAGUAUUGAAUAUUGGGAUAUGAAGAAGUCACGUGACAUCAAUAUGGAAAUUAUAAAUUGGGAAAUGUUCAGGUGAACGGGUAGGAUAGCAUUAGAGCCAAAAUUUGAAAUGAAAACAUGCCUGUGUUGUGUUUGCACUUGUAAUCAGAUUAUCAUGAUCAUCAUUGAGUACCAUAGAAGUCAAUGAUGCUGAGCAAAGAGGGAGUGCCAAAAAAGCUUUAGAAAAAUUAUUACUUUUUUACUUGAAAAUUAAAAGUUUGCCACAAAAAUAGUUAUGGGAGAUGCAAACGAUUGUAGAAAUAAGAGUGCUUAUAAAGCAACAUUUGAGGCGUUUGUAUACUUCUGCCGAUUGACAGGAACGGUAAAAUCAGUGAACUACAUGCUAGAUUUAAGGAACUGCAAAAAUAUUAAUAAAGUUUGGUUUUAAAAUGGUCGUAUGCUUGAUGCAUUUGAAAGGAAGACAUGAUCUGGAAGGCGGAGUAUUUUACUUUUUUCAUGUUAUAUUUUUCACCUUUCGCCUUGCUCAAAUGCAGCUCUUUGAUCUCCACCAUGAUCAGUGUCCAUAUUUCAAAGAGUUUGUUUGCUUCUGACUGCUGACAACUUAUUCCCUUGUUCUUCGUGCUUUAAAGGGGAAAGAGAGUGUGCAUUUUGUAUUUCCAUACUAGGACUUUUGGUUUCUCUGGCUUCAGUUCACUCUUGAAAUGCCUUGUCUAGCUACCAUUAUUUUUUGAACUUCAUACAUCUUCUCUGUCCAUUUCUAUUUUCACAAUAAAUACCUUAUUUAUGGUAAGAAAUUAGAAAUAUUUUCAGUUGUCACUUGUCGUACAUGGUUGCUGUGAAGGUAUGUGAACACCCUCCUCCCUGAGCAGGUACAUUGCUGAAGGUGGGCUUACUGGUGAACGCAUGAGAUGGGUUCCUCGAAGAGGGAAGGCUCCCUUGGAUCCUGAUGCACUCGGAUUUGCAUAUUCAAACCCAAUAGAAACAUCAUUCAAACAACGUUGCCUAGAGGACUGGAAAAUUUACCAUCGGAAGCUUCUCAGAAUAUUUAAGAAUGAAGGACCUGCAGUCUUGGGGGAUGUAUCUCAAUAUGAUAUUAUUAGAGUUGAAGAAAGGUUAAAGAAGAUCAUCAAAGGACCUGAGCAGAAUGCUCUGAAACCCAAAGCAGCGAGUAAGAUGGUGGUCUCUGAGUUGAAAGAAGAGUUAGAAGCCCAAGGUCUACCCACAGAUGGUACUAGACAAGUCCUCUACCAGAGAGUACAGAAGGCUCGUAGGAUAAACCGUUCACGUGGUCGGCCUCUAUGGGUGCCUCCAGUUGAAGAGGAAGAGGAAGAUGUAAAUUUCCAUGUCCCUAAAAUAUACUGUUUCAUUGAGACUAACGAUUCAGUUUUUUUUUUUCUAUCGUUAUAUCUUUUGGUUUGAUGAUUUUUUUCCAUUUUAUAAUGAAAAAAAUUAGAUGUUCUUCAUCUAUUCCGUUUUAAUUAUUCCUUUUUGCAGAUUGAUGAAGAACUGGAUGAAUUAAUCUCACGGAUUAAAUUGGAAGAUGGGAAUACAGAGUUCUGGAAGCGUCGCUUUCUUGGGGAAGGUCUGAAGGAUGUACAGCAAAAGCUAUCCGAAACAGAAGAUACAGAAGUCAUAGAUAUAUUAGAUGAUCCUGAUGUGACGGAGGAUGCUCCAAAAGAACCAGAUGAUGAGGAAGCAGAAGAAGAAGAGGAGGUUGAACAGACAGAGAGUCAGACUGAUGUUAGGGUUAAGGACAAGGAUGUUGAAAGAUCUAAACCUCUUCAAAUGAUUGGAGUUCAGUUACUGAAAGAUUCUGAGCAAACAUCUUCCACAACAAGUAAAUCACAACGAAAAAUUGCCAGAGCUUCAUUCGAGGUCUGAAACGAGUCAUUUUAUUUUUGUUCGAGGGAUUUCCAUUUGAUUUUCGUGAGUUUAUCUGGACAUUUUUCUUGAUAAAUCUAAUACAAUUCAGUCCAAGUUUUGGGUUUUUCAUACUCUUCUAGGAAAGCUUUCCUUUAUCUCUAUUUUACGUUCGGAUAAUCUUUACGUCUAUUUAAAUUCUUUACUAUUUAAAGAUGCAUGGAAAUUCUUUCCGUCUAUUUUUUUGUCAUUAUAAUGAUUGAAUCCCAAACCCUCGUAAAGUCCUAAUAAACCUAAAAUUGUAUGUUCAUGCACUUUCUGAACCAUAUGGGUACUUUGUCUUUUUGCUAAUCAUUCAAAGUUAUCUCUUGCCGUUCAUCAUCAAGUUUAUGGUAGUCAUUUAUGAUCCAAUUACUGGGAAUGCUUGAAUAGUAAAAACAUAGUCAUAAUUUGUCUGUGCAGCACCUGUGAAUUAAUAAGUCAACUGCAACCUGAAUAAGCAUAAACCACUAAGUAGUGUUUAUCACGUGUUCUCCAUGAGAACUAUCUGAUAAUUUUGCCACAUCAAAACUCUCCCGAGCUAGGAUAUAUCAUGUUUAUGUGUCGUUUUCUUCAACGUCAGUUCAUUUAGAGCGGAUCAAAGUGUUUAGCCAGCUAUUUUCUUACUAUGAUUAUGAUCUGCAUACUUCUGCCUGAAGUUUUGACAUAGGAAGUGUAAUCAUGGAUGAAAAAUCUUCUUAACAAGAAGCCUGAAAAUUGUCUCAAACCAGUGACUUGCAUGUAGCUGUCUGGAGAAGUGGCAGGGAUUUUUAAUUGCUUCGUUAGGAACAAAUGUUUGAAUGUGAAAUUUAAUGGCCACUGAACGCAUGCAUUAAGGCAUGUGUUUGUUUUUGAACCUAUUAGUAUUAACGGAUGCCCUUAACUCCAAGUUUCUGUCUGGAUGAAUUGAUAUUAGGACUCCGAGAACUAGGAAUUGAUGGGACACCAUAAAGCAAUUAAAUGAUGAAAAAGUAAUCCAAGAUAGUAGAGCUUUACUCUGUUUAUUUUGUAAUAUCACAUCUAUCGUCUAACUCUUCUUACUUAUCCGGCAUUUUCCGAUGAUUUAUUAUGUUAACCAUCUCACAUUUCGAAGCAUGCCUUUCAACUUUCUUAUCUUUCUAAAGUAGUUCCUGAUUAAGAUACUUUAAUAAGCAUUUAAGACAACUAAUGCUGUAGUUAAAUAUUGCUUACUGGAGAGAAUGCGAGAAUCUUUAGAACACUCGAGUCUGCUCAGUUUUUUUUAUAUUUUUAUCUAGGAGAUGAAACUUCACAAUCCCGAUAUUGCUGAUAUAUGAUAGUCCGUUCUCCUCAAUGUCGCUGUUGUAACAUUGUCCUCUACCACCCAACCCAUCCUCUCUCACACCCCCUCAAAAAAAAGCCUACCCUGGACCGGUAUCCCCAGAUAUUCUAACGAAUACACGUUGCUCCAUCUUAGUGAGCGUAAUCGUGAUGGUAUUAAAAAAUCCUCUUCCUGCCUUGCAAAUCACCCUAUUUCAUUUCUUUUUAUCAGUAGCUUAGGCUACAAAAUGAUAUCUUCUUUUCGUUUAUUCAUAAUUAAAAUCUGCUACCUUGUUUUGAAUCAUGCCACAUCGUCGGUUGAAUAAACUCCAAGCCACGUCGUACACAGUUGGACCUCGCUCUUAUUUGCUCUAUCAUGUGGAAUCACUCUGUCGGCUCUUCAUAUUGCCUUCAGUUUCAACCACCUCUAAAGAUAUGAUUCGUCGAGCUUCAUGCAGUCUUGGAGUUUUAAUAGGCUAGAUUCUCACUUUCCUUCCAAUAUUGGGACCCUCCAUUUUCCUUUUGGCGCUUGAAAAAGAUUCCAUGGGUAACAUUAAGGAUUUUUUGCUGAUUGGACAGCUAGUCUUCAGCUUCGCCUACUGCUAAACCUUGCGACUGUCUUUAUCUUGUCUCUUGGGAUUUGACAACAAAAUAUCCGGUGAGCCAUAUUACUGGCCAACCAUACGUUCCGAUGAUCUAUAAGUUUACUUAUAAAAAGGUCUAAACUUUUCUGUUUGAGAUGCAUUUAAUAAACAAUCCAACACCCAAGUUAUCAAAAAAAAUUCCUUGGAAUUAGUGGGACCGUGUACUGAUGGUCUAGCCUAGCGGGAUGUACUCUGUAAAUUGUUUGUUUUAUGCUAUCAUAUAUUUCUGUCUAAAAAUUAUUACUUACAACACUAGUUUACUGUGUGGCACAGGAUGAUGAUGAUGAUGAUUGGUUUCCUGAGGAUGCACAUGAAGCAUUCAAGGAAAUGAGAGAGAGAAGAGUUUUUGAUGUAUCAGAUAUCUAUACCAUUGCUGACGCUUGGGGUUGGACAUGGGAGAGGGACUUAAAACAGAGGCCCCCUCAGAAAUGGUCACAAGAAUGGGAAGUAGAAUUGGCUGUGAAAAUAAUGGACAAGGCAUGUUCCUGUGCUCAUACCUUUUACUUUUGAAUCUUACCAAGUUGUCGUGCUAGUUGUUUCUUAUUAUCCUGCAGCAUAGAUGGUAAAAAAGCAUUUUAUUCAGUAUCAGUGUUUUGACUUUAUUUAUGCUUGUGCUUUUAUAUUUGUUGCUUUAUUUUUAAAUUUUUAGGCUUUUAGUUGUGCAUGCCCGGCAUGUUCAGUUAUCAGAUUCGGACAGAUUCUCGUAAACAAUGUUUUGCAGCUAUUCCUUGUGAUAAGUAAUUGACUGGGAACGGAAAAUGAUACCCUCCCAGUUUUGUUGUUAACAAACAUAUUCGGUGAAACAUAGCAACAAUGUUAUGUUUCCUCAGAUGCUGUAGAUUUUAAAUGCAUUAGCAUAUACCAGUUGGAAGAAGAAAAUGUUGGAUCUCUCUCUGGCUAUUUGACAUUGGGUCUGACAAAAAGAAUUUGUCAGACCCGACCAUUGAGAACAUCUUUCCUUCAUUCUCUUCAGCUUUUGUUUGGUGGGAAAAGAAAACCCUGAAGAGAUACUUUCUCUCUCUCUCUCUCUCUCUCUCUCUCUCUCUCUCUCUCUUACAUGGCUGUAGUGAUGCCUGUCUCAGGUGAUCGAGCUUGGUGGGACGCCGACCAUUGGGGAUUGCGCCAUGAUACUGCGUGCCGCCAUUAGAGCACCGGCUCCCUCGGCCUUCUUGGGAAUCUUGCAGAAAACCCACAGUCUUGGCUACGUCUUCGGGAGGUAAUCCACCCCCAUUUCACUGUUAUAAUAAUCUUCCAUUUUUCCUCCACAUUAAUAAAUAAAUAUAUUUAUAUAUUCGCCUCGGGCUGGUGGUGUCUUCUUUCUUCAGCCCUCUGUACGACGAGGUGAUCACCCUGUGCCUCGAUCUAGGAGAGCAAGAUGCCGCCAUCGCGAUUGUUGCGGACAUGGAGACGACCGGCAUCAAGGUCCCCGACGAAACCCUGGACCAAGUCCUCGCCGCCAAACAGGGUGGCGACGCCUCCACAGCCGGGGAUCUCACUCUACCCUGA